UCGAGGUUGUCCUCUGAUUGUGAUUUCGAACCAUUCUAGGAACUGAUCGAACGGGAAGAACGCAAGAGGAGAGAGAAGGAGAAGGAAGAAAAGCUGGAGCAGGAAAGAGAGAGGGAACGACUUGAGGAGGAAGCCGAACAAGAGCGAUUGCGGAAGGAGAAAGAAGAACGCGAGAAGCGCGAACUGGAGGAAUACUUAGCGUUGAAAGAAUCCUUCGCCGUCGAAGAAGAAGGUUUUGAUCAACUUGAAGAAGAGGAGUCUGCCAAUUUGAUGAAGGAAUUUUCUGACUAUGUCAAGAAGAGCAAGGUUGUGAAUAUGGACGAGUUGGCUGCUCAUUUUGGCUUGAAAUCGGAUGAGGCCAUCUCACGGUUGCAGUAUUUCCUUGACAAUGGCCUUCUUGAAGGUGUUAUGGAUGAUCGCGGGAAGUUCAUAUGCAUAACAGAGGAUGAAUUAAAUGCUGUUGCCAAGUUCAUAAACCAAAGGGGCAGAGUCACAAUACAUGAGCUGGCCGAAUACAGCAACAAACUCAUUCGUUUGGAAGGAGAAACAUAG